CAGCGGCUGGGAGCGAGCACUGGGCAGGUUAUUUAGACUGAUUUCAAAGAGAUCAAUUCACCAUGCCUGAAAAUCCUGCAGCAGAUAAGCAGCAGGUGCUACAAAUUCUUGAUCGUCUGCAAAUGAAACUGCGAGAGAGAGGGGAGACUUUCGAGAAUGAAAAACUGACUGUUUUAUGUAGCACACUCAGAAGCCCUUUGUUUAAUCAGAUACUGACCCUUCAACAGUCAAUCAAGCAACUGAAGGAGCAACUCGAUUACAUGCCUUCAGACCACUCGUUAGACUUUGAUUUUACUAAGAGAGGCUUACUAGUAUUUGAUGCUGACCGAUCCAUUGCUAAUGGGAACUUGUAUAUGGCUUCUAAUUCAUCUGGAGCCAAAGUAGCUCCUCUCUCUCCAAAACUAGGCAUUGAUGAAUUCAACAUGAUGAUCCAACAAAUGGCAAAGGGCAGGCAAAUAGAAUAUAUAGAUAUAGAAAAACCGUCUGUUGGAGGACUUGGUUUUAGUGUGAUUGCCCUUAAAAAUCAAAAUCAAAUAAUGGGAGAAGCUGGUAUCUUUGUCAAGGAAAUCCAGCCAGGAAGCAUAGCUGCCAGGGAUCAGAGAUUAAAGGAAAAUGACCACAUUCUGGCCAUUAACCACACUCUGUUGGAUCAGAACAUUUCCCAUCAGCAGGCUAUUGCACUGCUGCAACAGUCUACUGGAGCUUUACAUCUGGUUGUUGCCAGGGAGUCAGUCCAAAGAAACAGCGGAACCUCUUCUGUUUUAAGUGACACACAUCCACCUGAGACUAUUCAGUGGGGCCAUACUGAAGAAGUUGAACUGAUUAACGACGGCUCGGGAUUAGGUUUUGGAAUUGUAGGAGGAAAAUCCAACGGUGUUGUUGUAAGGACUAUUGUUCCAGGUGGAUUAGCAGAUCGGGAUGGGAGACUUAGAACAGGAGAUUACAUAUUACAGAUUGGAGGAACCAAUGUACAAGGAAUGGUCAGUGAACAAGUUGCCCAAGUGCUGAGAAACUGUGGGAAUUCUGUUAGGAUGGUGGUUGCAAGAGAUCCAAUGUGUGAGAUUACAGUGACUCCGCCAACUCCUGUCAGCUUGCCUGUUGGUGCAUCGCCUUUUUCUCCAAACAAGGGUGCUAACACCACUCUUUUUGAUACCUAUGAUGUGGAGCUUACAAAAAAAGAUGGACAGAGUCUUGGUAUAACCAUUGUUGGAUAUGCUGGAACAUCGGAUGUAGCAGAUUCUUCAGGGAUUUAUGUGAAAAAUAUAAUAUCCGGCAGUGCUGCAGAUCACAGUGGACUUAUACAAGUCCAGGACAAAAUUGUUGCUGUUGAUGGGGUUAAUGUUCAGGAUUGCUCCAACCAAGAAGUGGUGGAAGCGUUGCGUCGCACUGGCCAUGUGGUGCACCUUACCUUACUUCGACAGAAACCUUCUCCUGCUUCUUUGUCUUCAAGAAGACCAUUAGAAAGAGUGCAACCAAAUAUGCCAGCUUUAAUCCUGUCUGGAGCUGGAGAUACAGAAACUAAUUUGGAUAGUGAGAAUGAAGAAGAUAAAGAUAAUUUUGAAAAUGAAAAGAAGCCUAAUCUACAUCAAAUAGGAAGAGACCCAGACUCUCUAGAAAAGCUGUUGAAAUCCAAGUGGGGAAAACUGCUGGGACCAGAUUAUGAAGUCAUGGUGGUUUGUGUGGACAUGCCAAUUACAGAUGAUGCUGAGCUCCAGAAAUAUUCAAAGCUAUUGCCUCUUCAUACUUUGAGGUUAGGAGUAGAACUCGAUACAUUUGAUGGACAUCAUUACAUAUCUUCAAUUGCUCCAGAUGGUCCAAUUGCUACUCUUGGCCUACUACAACUGGAAGAUGAACUUCUAGAGGUAAAUGGAGUUCAGCUUUAUGGGAAAUCCCGCCGUGAGGCAGUUUCUUUUCUUAAAGAAGUGCCACCUCCAUUCACUCUGGUUUGUUGCCGGCGCCUGUUUGACGAUGACAGCGAGACCUUUGUGGAUGAGCUCCCCACUGUCAAGGUUCCGUUUCCCGAGCCAAAGAUGAAACCAGAAGUAGACCUUCAUCCUGAAGAGGAAGGAGAUGGUGAACUAGCAUUAUGGUCUCCUGAAGUGAAAGUCAUUGAACUAGAAAAAGAUUAUAAAGGCUUAGGAUUCAGCAUUUUAGAUUAUCAGGAUCCCCUAGAUCCAACAAGAACAGCCAUUGUGAUCAGCUCCCUGGUUGCAGGUGGAGUAGCUGAACGUGGGGGUGAACUGUUACCAGGCGAUCGCCUGGUUUUUGUAAAUGAGAAGUAUUUGGACAAUGCCACUCUAGCAGAGGCGGUAGAAGUGUUGAAAUCUGUGCCCCCAGGUACUAUUCGUCUUGGCAUCUGCAAGCCUUUGAUGGGAGAAAAUAAAGAGGAGGAGAACUUUUGCAUUGUGGAUCCCAGUACCAUUAAAGACAGCUCUGAAUCUCCAGAACCAAUAAAUGAUAUUCAUUCAUCAAUAAUACUUGAGGCACCACAGGGUUUUAGAGAUGAAACACUCUUUUAAGAAGAAGUUGUUGAUGAACCACUUCUGGAUUUUGGGAGGCCAUUUCAGGUGCCGCAGUGUGAAACAGACGAUAGAGAGUCCUGGGAAAUGCAUGAAUUUCUUAAAUCUAAAAGAGAUGAAAUGGGUGAAGAGCGGGAAAUGUUAGUGGAUGAAGAAUAUGAUGUGGAUCUGGAUUAUUUUACAUACGCCUCAUCACAUGUAAAGGACGCAAUUCCACCUGCAGGAAAGAACCUGGAUUUUUUUGGAGAAUGGGCAAAACACCUUGAGCCAACUAAAACACCAGAUUUAAGAUCCCUUAUUAGCACAAAUGCUAAGCAUUCUCCGCAUUACCCAUUCGAUAAGCAAAUGUAUGAAGCCACAGUGGAGAACAGCUGUCAAACAGCCGUAUUUGAUGAUAUUGAAAUGUCUGAAUCAGUAGCAAAAAGCAAACUGGAUUUAGGUACGAGGCCGCAGAAUGAUUCAAGAGGACACAGGAUAGUUGACCUUGAAGCAACUGAAAGGGAUGAACGAAAGACAGAAGAUUAUAUGUCCAAGAAUCAGGAAUCUGAGAGAGCUGUUACUUCUGCUCAGGCUGCAAUGGUGUUGUCCAGUGAAUUACCUGAACGAGAAGAAGGAGAAGGAGAAGAAACUCCAAACUUUAGUCAUUGGGGACCACCUCGAACUGUUGACAUUUUCAGAGAGCCUCACAUGUCUCUUGGAAUCAGUAUAGUUGGUGGACAAACUAUUAUAAAGCGCCUAAAGAAUGGAGAGGAACUUAAAGGUAUUUUUAUCAAACAAGUCUUAGAAGACAGCCCAGCUGGAAGGACAAAAGCCCUAAAAACUGGGGAUAAAAUACUUGAGGUGUCUGGAGUUGACUUACAAAAUGCCUCACACGACGAAGCAGUGGAAGCUAUUAGGAAAGCAGGAAAUCCUGUUGUUUUCAUUGUUCAGAGUUUGUCUACCACACCAAAAAUGGGCACUGUGGUACAGUCGAAGAUAAAUAAAGCCAAGGAAGACCAGGACGCCGAAAAAGAAACCAAACACGAGAAGAGAAAAGGUGGAGCACCACCUCCUAUGAAGUUGCCACCGCCUUAUAAAGCACCCAAAAAACUCCACUCAGAGGAGGAUGCUGUUGAGGAGGAGGAUUUUUAUACAGAGGAAAAAAUCAGGCAAAGGUAUGCAGAUCUGCCAGGGGAGUUGCACAUUAUUGAGCUUGAGAAAGAUAAGAAUGGGCUUGGACUCAGCCUGGCUGGAAACAAGGACAGGUCUCGGAUGAGCAUUUUCAUAGUUGGCAUCAAUCCAAAUGGACCUGCAGGAAGAGAUGGACGAAUGCACAUUGGUGAUGAACUUUUAGAGAUAAACAAUCAGAUAUUGUAUGGAAGAAGCCACCAAAACGCCUCUGCAAUAAUUAAGACUGCUCCAUCAAAUGUCAAGUUGGUUUUCAUACGAAAUGAAGAUGCAGUUAACCAAAUGGCUGUUACUCCUUUCCCUUUCCCUUCGAGCUCCCAGUCUUCCAUUGAGGAUCACAGUGGCACAGAACCUGCAAGCAGUGAAGAAGAUAGCAGUUCAGAAGUUGUCAUGAAAAGCUUGACUGAUGAUGAAUGUAUCAAAAUGGAUGUCAAAAACAAAGCUGACAAACAGAUGUUGAUGAUAGACCAUCAGGAUCUGGUGGAGCAACUCCCAGAAAAUGUCCUCACUCAAUUAAAACAAUCAAAAUCUUCAAACAAAGCACCCAUCAGUUUACAUGAUAUAUCCUUGGCACCAACACCUUCUUAUCUUUCUCCAGAGGCAGAGUUUACCAGCCACAGCAAUGUACUGCCUCCUCUGUUGCCAGUUGAUCCGGCCACAUGCCCAAUUGUUCCUGGUCAAGAGAUGACUAUAGAAAUAUCCAAGGGGCGAUCAGGCCUCGGUCUCAGCAUAGUAGGAGGGAAAGAUACUCCACUUGAUGCCAUAGUUAUACAUGAAGUUUAUGAAGAAGGGGCAGCAGCUAGAGAUGGCCGACUCUGGGCUGGUGAUCAAAUUCUUGAGGUUAAUGGUGUUGAUUUGAGGAAUGCUGGUCAUGAAGAAGCUAUCACAGCCUUGAGACAGACACCUCAAAAGGUGCAACUGGUUGUUUAUAGAGAUGAAGCUCAAUAUAAAGAUGAAGAGAAUUUGGAUAUUUUCUAUGUAGAUCUGCAAAAGAAAUCAGGCCGAGGAUUAGGCCUAAGCAUUGUUGGAAAACGAAAUGGAAGUGGAGUGUUUGUCUCUGACGUUGUGAAAGGAGGAGCUGCAGACCUAGAUGGGAGAUUAAUACAAGGAGAUCAGAUCUUGUCUGUUAAUGGGGAGGAUAUGAGAAAUGCCUCUCAGGAGGUUGUUGCUGCUAUCCUCAAAUGUGCUCAAGGGCUAGUGCACCUAGAGAUUGGAAGACUGAGAGCUGGUUCUUGGUUAUCAUCACGGAAAACAUCCCAAAGCAAUCAGGUGAACCAGCACAGCAUGCAUAGUCAUUUUCAUCCUACCCUGGCUCCAGUCAUCACUACUUUACAGAACUUUGUCAGCACCAAGAGGUUGUCAGCAGACGCAUCUCAGAGAAAUUCAGGAGUAGAUAUGGACCUGAGGACUGUGGAGAUAAUAAGGGGACCAAAUGAUGCCCUUGGCAUCAGCAUAGCAGGAGGGAAGGGAAGCCCAUUAGGAGACAUUCCAAUCUUUAUUGCCAUGAUUCAAGCUAGUGGAGUAGCUGCACGUACCCAAAGGCUCAAGGUUGGAGAUCGGAUUGUCAGUAUUAAUGGGCAACCUUUGGAUGGGCUGUCUCACGCUGAUGCUGUUAAUCUACUAAAGAAUGCUUAUGGGAGCAUUAUCCUGCAGGUCGUAGCUGACACCAAUAUCAGUGCCAUAGCGAGCCAAUUAGAGAGCAUGUCUGCUGGAUGUCACCUUAACUCUCCUACUCCUGAGUGUCAUUCUGAAGAUCCAGAGUAAGUAUGUGCUCUUUGAUGCUGGAGUACUUUAGUUCAGAGAACUGCCUAAAGGAUACUAAUUUCCCUUCCCCUCAAACAUGGGAUAAUGUGUUUUAUCUUGUCUCUUGUCAUUUGUUCUCAACCAAUUUUUCAGCACCUUAGAAAUGCUUACUAUUGCCAUCUAGUGGCAAAUAGUGGAACAAUAGUGUCUGCCUUCAUCUGGUAAUUCAAGUGUGAAUCUUCAUACUUUUGUUUUGAUGGGUUUCCAAAAAGCACACCUCCAUAGAUUUUCCAGUUGAUGUGUUGUCAUGAUGGUUUUGCUCCUGUUUCACAGCUUCCUCUUUGAAAUGAUUUACGACAGCAGCAAUUCAAAACAAUCCAUUAUUUUGGGGAUAAAACAAGAAGAGGCUUGCAGAAAGCAGGGGUUGUGAUAGAAAUAUUACAAAAUGUGCAACAAAAUUGUUUUUCUUUCUCCCUUGAAUUGUUUUUCCCUUAAUAACAUGAAGAAAUAUUACAGAUACAGAUGAGUAACAUCUGAUUAUAGCUAUCUAAAUUACAGAUAUUCUGUCCAUUGCAAGCAUUAGAUAAGACUCAGAGAAACUUACAGGCAGAAGACCUUCAUAGUCCA